AUGAAGGCGGACAGCCAGACGCCAGCCCUGCCUGCAGAGCUGCUUUCCAGGAUCAUCACCUGGCUGGUGCCAACAGUAGAUCGAUACGCAUCCACCUUGCCCCACCCGGAUGGAGUCGAUCUGGAGGACACACCUGUACUCCCUGCUUCGCCGAAUGUCGACCUUCUUUCGGCUGCGUUGUCAUGCAAACUGCUGCACAAUCUCUCUAGCCAAGUUCUGUACCGCACGCCGCUACUUGGCAGUUUGAAAUCGCUCAAUCUCCUAGCCGGUACUAUUGCCGCCCAAGUCAAGAAUCGGAACGACGACUCGUUACGCUGUGCGACAAAGAUUCGCUGCAUUCACUUGCCACCAGGCGAUGGUUUGCUUCAGCCAGGCGAUACACUGGCAGAUCAGAACUGCUACACAGACAGCCUGCGCAUACUAUUUGAUCAUGCGACCCGACUCGACUUUGUGUCGCUUGAACAUCGUCAAAGUGGAGAAGCCCUGAUCGAGUUCCUUCGAGCUUCGACUGUCUGUCGCCCACGUAGGAUCACACUGUCAAAUCUGUCGUUCUCAGCGCCGCCGUUCUCCACCAUGCAGUCGCUUGCACCACUGUCCGAGGUCACGCACCUGCAUCUAAUCAAGCUCGUCCCGCCCCCGGCUCUACUUUCGUUUCUGGUUGGCGAACAGAUCGUCUCGUACGAGCAAGCAGAUGUAUCCAGUGGCAUCAAAGCACGUCUUUCACCGCGCAAGACACUGGAAUGCCUUCGACUGUCGCUGCUGCCACCAGAUGCAUUGGUCAAUUUUGAGGCGUACGUUGCUUGGAGAAAGGCAUGGAAGCUGUAUGAACAACUCUCGGCUCACCAACAAGCACAUGAGCCAGCACCGCGCGCACCUCAUGGCCCUGCCAGAAGAUUUGCUGUGCAAGAAGCACUCUACGACCUUGCAGUCCACUCGUCCUGUCUACCCCGGCUCAGGCUACUGUUGCUGGAGCUGAGUCCGCUGGGCGCUCUGCCAUCGCCAAGGGAAAAAGAACAAGAAAGCUUCCGUUCCGUUGCUUCAACGCGGUCUCACGACAUUAGGCGUUCGCCGAUUGGUGGUGUGGCACCACCUUUACGCAGUCGGGCUGAUCCAGGUGCCAACGCUUGCAAAGCGCAAGCUGGUGACUCAAGAGCAACACGCUUCGACGCGAGUCAUUUCCAAGAUGCAAUGCGAACACUUCCGAGAGCAGCGACACUGCGACAAAGUGCAUCUGGGGAAGCGCUUCUUGAACAACUUGCCGAUGGCUUACGGCUGGAGAACCAAGGUGGUCUCGACAACGACGAUGCAGCAUCUACCAUAAGCGCGGAAGAGUUGCGCAUCGGCGAACGCGACCAGUACUGGCGUCACGUUGAAAGCGGUAAGAUGGCACUCGUCAAACUUUGGUCGUCUUGCCAACGCGAUUCCAAGCUCGACGUCCCAAAUGACUCGCCUCUAGAAGUACGCAUUGUAGCAGCACGCUCCAACGGACACGAUCGUCACGAGGAGUUUCAAGACUUUUACUGCCAAGCACAGCAUGAGCCUUUCCAGACGUCGCUUGCGUCAACGAAUCGUUCGCAUCAUCACAUCUCUUCACCUGCUGGUUCGACGCGCGACACACACAGAGAAGCAGCGCGCCAGGUAGGUUGCUGGGCAGAUCCUGACGUGUUUUCGCUUGUCGAAACUGCGCCAUAUCUCUCCUUCAAAGCAACCGGCGCAUCUGACCAUGGCUGGUAUUGGACAGGCGAUCUGCCUCGCGAAACCCGCCAAGCGUCUUGGCUUGUUAUUCCUUCACGGAUCAGCAAAUCGUCAGCAAGUGUGACAGAGAGAUAG